AUGACUGAGGUGAGGGAAAAGCUCCUGGAACUACUGUGUAACUGGGAGACUUCGCCACAAAAGGCCAAAAAACCUUUUACUCAGGCGACCAAAGACAAUCGGAAAUGGGCAGAACAUGCUCAAGAUCGUCUUGCCAACUGGCUUCUCAAAGGAGAAUAUGCCGAUGGAGAGGUUAGUGAUGGAGAGGAUGACGAUGAAAAUAAUCUCCCAGAUCUCACUGUUGAGGUCAAUGAUGAUGGUUAUCCUUGCCUACCCACAGGCUUUGUAUGUCUCAAGCUGAAGCACAGACAACAGCUUGUUCGGGCUGUCUUUCAAAAGGCCUACGCUGUUAUUACCAACAAUCCUAGGGCUCUGGUGCCCUGGGGUGAGAUGUCGACCGAUCCCACUCACUACCUUGAUUCAGGAUGCAUUCCUGAGAAUGUUGUCAUCAGGGAUCCUUCCCACCUGCAAAAGGACACGAUCACUGCAAUCUACUCCCACUGGAAAGACCGUGCUAGUCAUGACAUGCCGAUUGUACGUUUUGUUGGAUAUAGGCAAGCUGAUUUCUAUGAUGCUCGCACUAAGAAAGGAGCUGCAAAGGGCAAGUCAAGGGCGAAGCCUGCCUAUGUUGAAGUCUCUUCAGAUGAGGAAGGACUCUUGAACAAGGUCACCAACGGUAAAAGCUCUUCAGAUGAAGAUGACGUCGAGGUGGAGACUCCGACCAUUCCUGAGUCCAGCCCAAAAUACCAUCUUGCUAGGGACAUGGUCCCUUACCUCAAGUCUCUCUCUACUGUCCCUUCAUAUCAUUGUCUUCUUACUGCGGUUCAGAAGCUUCUGCAAAGAACAGAUUCAAAGUCAAGGAAACAGCAUCUUCCUGUCUGGGCUUCUUGGACAUGGUCUCAGGCAUAUCUGCCUCAAGACAUCCAUGAGGAUAUGAAAAUUGCCUCAGUCGCCCUGGAGCAUUUGAGUAACUACCAGUUCGAUUCUCGUGGAUGGGGCAUGGUUGUGGCCCUGGGACUUGGACUCCUACUUCGUGAGUGUUGUCGUGCUCAGGAGUAUGAAGCCGACGAAGCUGGAGAUGAUGUACCUGACUACUUGGGUAACUCUAUCUUGGGCAUCCAGAUGGGCGACCAGAUUGAGGAAAAGGUUGUAGAGAUAGGGGCAGCAGUAGAAGCCAUGCUGAAAGAUGAGAGCCUGGGGUUGUUUGUUGUGAGGAAAGACAUUGAGAAGAGGCAUUCAGAGGAGAAAAGGAAGUUGAAGGAGAAAAGGAGAGUCGAGGAGGAGAAGAGGGCUGAGGAGGAGAAGAGGGUUGAGGAAGAAGAAAGAUUGGCUAAGAAAGUAAGCAAGGUGGACAAGAGGGUGAGGAAAUCCAAUGCUAAAGGGAAGGGUAAGAGGCCUGCUGCAGAUGUGGAGGAACCAACCAAGAAAAAGGUGAAAGCUUCCCCUCCUGAUCCACCUCGUCGUUCUGUCAGAGACAAAGCACCUCCAAAGAAGUACAAUGUCUGA